AUGGUGGUACAAGAAGAGCAUGUAAAGCAAAUUGGACGUGUUGGGAUUGAAGUUGAAGAUUACACAGAUAAUUUUUUCCAUCAAAAUUGUUUUGAAUCUGAAACAACAGUUAUGAAGAAAAUAAAGAAGAGAUCACAUGUAUCUUGUCAAGUAACUGUCUAUGACUACUUUGUUAAUAGCUGUAACAUUGAUUUGCCAUAUCCUGCCGAUUUUCAUUGUAUCAAUAUUGGAAAGCCUAAGUGUCCAACUUAUUUCCCUAUCGAGCCUAUUAAUAAAAAAACAGCAUCUUCUGAAACGAUAGACAUGGAAUUUUUUAAUCUCAUCAGAUAUGCCUCUCAUUCAAAGAUAAUCUGCUAUGCAAAAAAUUCUGUGCAACUGAAAAAGAAUACUGUAUGUGAUGUGAGCAUUACAUUGCAGAUGGAUGACUUAAUCAGGACUUUGCAUCUUAAACAUUAG